AUGACCAUCAUGAGACCGGUCCCUGAAGACGUGCCGCGGCUGGACCUGGGCAAGAAGGUGAGCACGCCGCAGGACCUGAUGAUCGAGGAGCUCUCCCUGCGGGACAACCGCGGCUCCCAGCUCUUCCAGCAGCGCCAGAGGCGGAUGCAGCGCUUCAUCUUUGAGCAUCCCAGAGGCUACAGGGAGCUCCCAGGGCCGGGGGGCUCACAUCGCACCGAGAAAGGUGGCCCAGAGGGAACGGCAAACGACUGGACGGCCGGGGAGGACGCCGAGGGCCAGCAGAGUUAUCACUCCGAGCUCCACGUGGCAGCAUCGCCCCAGGGCGGCCCCCCUGAAGUGCCCAAGAAGACGGAGAAAGUUUUGCGGAUGAGCAAAGUCCUCAACCCUGACGCUCUGGCCCCGGGGUACUCGGGCCCCCUCAAAGAAAUCCCCCCGGAGAAGUUCAACGUCACCGCCAUCCCCAAGGGCUACCGAUCCCCGUGGCAGGAGCUCCUCGGUGACAAGGACAAUGCUGUGCACGGCGAGAACGAGCUGCCUGCGAGACCCACUCUGUGGGACUUCAGGAGCUUCAACAGGACUCCCGCCCCGUUCGACAGGGCACUGGUCAGCGACCCCUUCUCUGCACCCGCCACCGUGGAGCUGGAUCACCUGAGCGUCCUGGAGGUGAUGUCCCACCGGCGCGACUUCAACAGAGUGCCGCAGGGCUGGGUGCGGGUCCUGCCGGAGAGCGACGAGCUGUAG